AUGCAAAUUACUUAAACCCAGUUAUUGGAAUGGGUUAAGGAUGGAGAUAUUAAUACAUUAAAAAAGCAUUUUGAAUAAGAAUUGAAGUUUGCACAUAAAAAAUUAUUGGAAUUUUUUAGUAUGGUUGAUGAUUAGAGGAGAAGUGUAGUACAUUGGGCAGCUUAUUUGGGAUAAUAUAAAUUGAUUAAGUGGUGGUGUAAAGUAUAUAAUCAGAUGAUUGAUCUGAAUAAAGGAGAUAUGCAUUCGUAUACUCCAUUGGAACUAGCGAGCAUCAAAGGAUAUUCUGGAGAAUACAAUCCAGAAAAAUAGGAGAAAACCAUAAGAUUGCUUGUUGAGAAUGGGGCAUCAAUACCUUGCUAGUGCAGUUAUAAACCGAAUCCAUUGCAUUGGGCUUUUUAUUAUGGCAAUAAGGAAUUAGUGGAUUAUUUGAUCUAAUAAAAUUUCAAUCUGUAAUUAGAAACAGAGCAGCAAGGAAAUUUCCCCAUUGAUUAUUUGUUUUUAGAGAAUCGACCCGAAUAAUAUAAGAAAGACGUUUGGGAUAUCUUUUAAAAUGUGGUAAUUGAAUAUGCUAAGGUGACUGCCUAAUAAGAAUUGAAGAGAAAAGUUAAAAAAAGAAAAUAAAGAAAAGCAACAACAAUUACAUCAUAAAUUCCGCUGAUGCAAAUUUUCUAAAAGGAUGAAGAUGAAUCAUCACCGGAAUCAGAACCAUCCAGAUAUGGAAUACCAUGUUUAAAUAUCUCAAAUAUCAACAGAAGUUAUGCCUCAAAUUCAUUUCUCUCCAAAUAUACUAAUGUAAAAACUACUUAAAAAACACCUAACAGCCAAUAAGUCUUACAAAGUUAAUAAGUUUUAAAAUACUAGCAAAGGACAGGAUGCUAACGAGUUUAAUAAAAAAAUUUGGAUGAUGUUGCCGACAUUCCUUUGUAUGAUGAUUCUCGUAUUGAAAUGAAGGAGCCAGAGGAAGAAAAGAUACCUGAAAUCAAAGUAUUUAAUUCCAGGAAUACGAAUAAUAGUAAAAUAAUUACAGAAACCAAUCAGGAUGAAUUACUGUAAAUACAAUAAUACAAUUCCAAUAAUAAUUAACCUACUUUAGUUGAACCUACACUUAAGAUAUCUUAAUCAAGAAGAGAAAAUCACAAAGGUCACAGAACAAAAACCACUUUGAUAUUUAAUGAUGAUCUAGAAAAGGGAUCGAAGGAAAAAUUUUAAAUAUAUGAUAGUAAAGAAAAACUCACUACUCAUUAAAAAUAUGAAUGCAUACUUUAAUAUUGGUCAGCUAGGUAAGGUAACCAGGAUUUCUUCAGUUAUUUUCUAAAAAGAAAAUGCAAUCCAUUUCUCAAUGUUUAUUAAGGAUUUAACUGUUUACAUAUUGCAGCUUACAAAGGCAAACUUAAAAUAUUAAAAGUAAUUUUAGAAAGUGAUUACGAAUAUUAUGAUAGUUCAGAAAUGUUGAAUAAAAAUGCUAAAAAACCAAUCAAUACUAUUUAAUUUAAUAAAUCCAAGAAAGAAUGCAUCAAUAUUCUCACUGAUUAAAAUCCAUCAAAUGCUCUUCAUCUUGCUAUUGAAUAAGAAAAAUAUCGCUGUAUGAAAAUCUUAAUAUCCCAUGGGAUAUCAGUAGAUGCAGUUAAUAGUAGAUGCUUAAAACCAUUUGAAUUAACUUAUAAUUCUAAAUUUAUGGAAUUCUAUGAAGAGAAUAUCUAAGUUAAAUAAGAGAUCAAAAGUUUGACUGAGUUAGGAUAUCAAUAUGUAAUUUAGACUAAAGGCACAUUAAGUGUGGAAUAAGACAUUGUUUAUUUACAAUUAUAAAAUAUUAGACAGACAUUUUUAGAGAGGGGGUGGAGUUUUGAAUUUUUGAUUUUCCAUGCUCCAAAUCUCGAUUAAUUGGAAUUGUACAAUGAGAACUAGCAUCACAAAAAAGUUAAGCCAUUGUAUCACUACUACGUCUUGAAAAUACCUCCUGAUUCCAUCUACAGAUUGGCUGAUCUCUAUUAGAUAUCGUGUUACAAUUUUCAAACAAAAUAUAUUUGUUAAUUUAAUUAUUAGAAGAGCAGGUUUUUUGAAUUUCCUAAAGACUUAUAGGUGUAAAUGCUGAUUUUGAAAACUCUAAAUGAUGAAUUCGAUGUUGAAAAAUUCGUUUUGGAACAAUUAAUUAUAUCUCAUUUUCCUUUAGAGGAUAAAAAAAAAUGUGAAAAGAUUACUUAAUUUUGGGAUGAGCAACAAAACAAUUGUAUUCGUGAUUCCUUAAGAUAUGAAACUCAACAAAUAGCUUUAAGGCCAUUGCAUGCGAUCUCCUCUUACUUUGGUCCAGUAGUUGCUUGGUACAUAGCUUUGAAUGUACAAAUCAUAGGCUGGUUGAUGAUCCCAUCACUUUUUGGAGCAGCCUUAGGAAUUUAUAUUAUUAUAAUUCAAUAAGUAAAUUCAUCUAUUGUGCCAUUUUAUGCAUUGCUAAUGACUCUUUGGUCGACUUUGUUCAUGGAGAAGUGGAAGAAUAGAGAGUCAGAAUUGAAAUUUUGUUGGGACAUGCAUAAAUUCAAGCAGACUCAACCAUAACGAGUUAUGUAUACAGGAUAAUACAUCAUAAAUGAAGCAACCCAUACGGUUCAAAUCUAUGAUUAUUUUACAACUUUUAAAAGAAGAUUAAUAGCAGAAGGUCCAGUCAUUUUAAUAGGAAUUGCUAUUAUUGUUUUGAGUUUUUAUGCUUUUAACAUUUGGUUGGUUGAAUACUCAGCGGAUCCAGUUAUGUCAAUAGUUAUCAACUCAUUGAAUGGAGUUUCUAUGACUGUGUUUUGUGAUUUAUACAAAAGACUAUGCAAAUCUUUGGUGACUUGGGAAAAUCAUAUGUAUGAAUCAGAAUAAGAAUAUUCUUAUAUUCUAAAGGUGUUUCUGUUUGAAUUUCUUAUCUCUUAUGUUUCAGUUGUGUAUGUGGCAAUCUUUGGAAAUGAUGCUAGUUCAUUAAGUGUUUCAGUUGCUAGCAUUAUCAUAACAAGAGGAGUAAUUUCAAAUGUUAAAAGUAACCUACUACCUUUUGCCAUAUUCUAAUUAGAAAAGCGUUCUCUAACUAGAUUAUUUUCUGAAUUCAAACAAUUAUUUGCAAAUAGAAUUAAAGAGAAAAAGAAUAUACCUAAAAUUUGUAACUAAAUAUUUUCAUCUGAAAAACUAUCUCAUGAUUCAUAGUUGCUCUUCUUGUAAGAGCUAGAGAUAAGUAGAAUCAAAGGCCCAUAAAAAUUAUUGUAUGAUGAAUAUACAAAUAUUGCCAUACAAUUUGGGUAUACUACAAUGUUUGCUCCAACUUUCCCUGCAGCUCCUUUAUUUUUCAUGAUCAAUUGCUAUAUCAAUUUAAGAUCAUCAAUAUAUAAUUACUAACACAUUUUAAAGAGAGAAAGAGCCUAGGCUGCUGAUUCUAUUGGAAUUUGGUUAUAAAUAUUUCAGAUCUUAAAUUAUUGUGCAACUUUCAUGAAUUGCAUCGUAAUUGGAACUGUAAAUAAGGAGUAAUUCAAAGGGAUUAUUGGAAAUUAGGACGCCCUAGUUAGUGCCUUUUUUUUGGCAUCCAUAGAACACAUUUUACUCUUAAUUAAAUACAUUUUAGAUGUCUCAAUUCCUGAUUGUCCUUAUUGGGUAGAGAAGGAAUUAAGACGUUAUGCAUAUCUAGAAGAAAAAUAUUAGAAAAUUGGUAUGUGA